GCGCAGCCAUUUCUCUCUCUACCCCUUACAAGAAACAUACAGGGGGGUGGGGGGGCGUUUGUCCAUCACGCACAUAUAACUAAACCCGACAUGCGGGAGUCAUGACGUUAGCAGCACAUACCGAGGCUGAACUCAUCACCGUGCGUUUGACAUCCGCGAUCUCCAAACUUUCUGCCAGUUGAACGCCUGCGCAGACAGAACAGGCUCUCCCUCGCCUCCAUUAUUAGGCUCAUGUUUUGGUGUCAGCCAUGGAGGGAAAUCUGCAAAGAGGCUGCAGCGACGUGGCGAUGAUGCAUGUGAAAACUGAAGCGGUCGAUGAGAAUCCAUCUGCGCUGGUUUUGGGCAGCCGAGAGUCGCCUGCGCCCUGCGGAGAUACCGCAUGCGGAGGAGGAGGGGGGGAUCAGACUGCAGAGGAGCCUCCCGUACUGCUGUAUCCCGUGAGUGCAGAACGCUUCUUCGCCACAUCAGUGGAUGGAAAAACGUACCUGAAGAUAGCUCCAGCUUCAGCGAUGCCACCUGCUCCCUCAGAGAAGACGCUUCCGUCCGGCUCUGAUUUCUCCUCCAAAGCCGUUUUGUGUCUGAUAGAGGCCGUCGGGCGCCGCUGGGGCCUGUAUGAGACUCGGGAACGCUCACAGCUCUUCCAGAGUGUCCAGGAGGAGAUGGCCUCUAAGGGGCACAUGCUUCCUGUCGAAAAGAUCCGCCGCAAGUGGAACAACCUCAUUGUCACAUACAAGAGGGUUAAAGACCGCAGCCGGGAGACGGGACACGCUAAAACGUCCUGGGAGUUCUUCGAUCUGAUGGACGCCACACUCUGUGACACUGUUGGCACUCAGAUCGUCAACACCAAAAGAAACAAGGGCAGCAACACGGUUUCCACUCUGCCUGGCCCUUUGGCAAAGAUCGCUGCCAAACCACAGGUUCCGCCCACCACCAUCAUCCGCCCUAAUGGGGACUUUGCUUCCACUGGUGGGGUGGACUCAGUGGGAGCCGUCAGCAGUCAAACCAUCAGUAGCGCUGCGGCUAUUACCUCAGUGACUACAGCCACCAUGAGCCCGACACAUGCUCCGGAGCUCAAGCCCCUGAUCGUCCUCAACAGUGACAUUGUUACAACCAGCAUCCAUCCAGCCACCAUUGUGCCAUCUCCAUCUUUUAUCUCCUCGCCUUGUUUCACAGAGACAGCUUCUACUUCCCCUUCCUUUGGCUCGACUGGCAACACAGACCUCAACACGUCGCGCUACGUUGGCCGCAAAGCUCCAUCAUUCUCAUCAGGCGUCGUCGCACCCUUUCGCCUUAGCAACGCGCCGCUCGCCAACAAUCCCAGUCUCCUCGGCCUCUCCUCCUCUUUCAUCCCUACUUCCUCUUGUCUAACUUCUUCCAUUUCCACCUCGUUAUCUGCAACAACCGCGUCGGGAACCGAAGGAGAGAACGAGAAGGGAAGCGAGGAGCGGGGCAGCGCCACUUUGUUCCAGGAGAUUCUGCAGCGACAGGAGGAGCAGGCCUACCUGGACCGAGUGGCUCGCCGCAGGGUGGAAGCCCGAGAGAAGAGGCGCGAGAGGAGGGAGGUACGGAUGGCAGAGUCCCUCGGCAGGAUAGCCACCGCCCUGGAGCUGCUCUCCUCCAAACAGGACACAGUCAUUGCCCUCCUGCAGAGACUGGCUGAUCGGAAGUGAUGGAGGCUGAAACUAGGGCUGCACAUUUAAUCGCAAUUUUAUCGAAAUCGUAAUAUGGACUAGUGCAAUCCAUCCAAAUCGCAGGGCGGGCGCAAUAUUUGUUAAAGGCAAAAUGUGUUAAACCAUUCUGAAUUAAGUAUUGUGGUGCUGCGGAGACAGCCUAGCCUACAAAUUGUAUCCUACAGACUAAAGAAAAAAAUCUUUGUUUGGUACAGAUCCUCGCAAAAAUCACACUAUAAUCAUUAUAAUAUUGAUAUUUUUCAAUGAAAAUUAGAAUAAUGAUACGAAAAUGUUGAUUCCCUCAAAUAUUGUGAAUUAUGUAGUAAUCGCAACAUCUGUCAAAAUAACCGCAAUUAGAUAUUUUCGUCAUAUCGUGCAGCCCUAGCUGAAAGGCUGCAAAACAAAGGCUCUCUAAUCCUGAGAUCACGCUUAUGAAAACUUCUCUCAAUAUUUCUGCCAUGUAGUGACCCAGAGUUCCAUAAUGCUACUGAGAAGGGUUUUCCUGAACUUAAUGUAAAUAAAAUUUUAUAAAAUAAUA